AUGCCAGGAGGUAAAAUGAAGUUUGAUGAGGAUCUUGGUCCUGACCGUGAGGAUGAUUUUCAAACAGAUGAUGAAGAAAAUCAAGCUGAAAGGGUUUUUGAUAAUUUGGAUGAUGAUACCGAAUCAGAUAACAAUAAUCCACCUUCAGAAAAUUUAUCCUUCAAUGAGGUUGACUUUAAUACCUCAUGGCCUCAAACCUAUAGGACAUCUAUGGACAUGUUAACAAGUGUAAGUAAAACACCACCUGGGAUUAAUUUCUUCAAGAUAAUUGGUUCAACAGGGAAGAUUAGUGUCCCUAAGGAAAGCAUCCAAGAUGAAUCUACCAAUUCUUUGACUUUACCGCUUGUUUCUGAGGAGAAAACUUCAAUUGGAAAAGAGGAACCUACAUCGAAACCUCAACUUCGAUCACAUGUCAGCUGUCCAAAAGUUUCUGCCACUGAAUUUUCAUCACCUGAGAGGCAAAGUUCCUUUGCACAAUCAGUGACUAAUGGGACCAAUAUAUUAUGUGGGAUCGGACUUAUGACCAUUCCGUAUGCUGUAAAAGAAGGAGGAUGGUUGAGCCUUGUAAUACUGAUAUUGUUUGCUCUCACUUGUUGCUAUACUGGAAUUUUAUUGAUGAGAUGUUUACAAAGCCGUCCUGAACUCAACACCUAUCCAGAUAUUGGCCAGGCUGCUUUUGGAAUUGCAGGUCGCUUGGGGAUCGCGAUCAUUUUAUACAUGGAACUAUUUGGUUCUUGUGUUGAGUAUAUAACACUUGUCAGUGAUAACCUCACAUCACUUUUCCCCGACACCAGCAUGAACUUAGCUGGUACAGAGCUUAGUACAAAUCAAGUUUUUUCCAUCACUGCAGCUCUUCUAGUUUUACCGACAGUUUGGUUGCGAGAUUUAAGCCUGCUUUCAUAUAUUUCAGUUGGAGGAAUAUUUGCAACAACACUUGUAGCACUUUGCUUGUUUUGGGCUGGUGCAGUAAACCAAGUUGGAUUUAUCAAUCCAAGAAUGAAAAUUUUAGACAUUGAAAACAUAUCUGUAUCAAUUGGUCUCUUUGGUUUCGGAUUUGCUGGCCAUGCUGUUUUUCCAAAUGUCUACUCUUCCAUGAAGGAUCAAUCCAAAUUCCCAUUAGUUCUAUAUAUCAGUUUUGUUUUCUGUCUUGUGAUGUACGUUAGUGUAGGAGUAGUUGGAUAUUUACUGUUUGGUGACAAAGUUCAAUCUCAGUUUACCUUAAACAUGCCAAAAGAGUUAUAUGCAUCAAAGAUAGCAAUCUGGACAACUGUUGUGACUCCUCUAGCAAAAUAUGCCUUAACAUUAUUGCCUAUUGUAUCAAGCAUAGAGGAACUUGUUCCUUCUCCUAGACUAAGAUGUUAUGCUAUGUCUAUUGUUAUCAGAACAUCUUUAGUUCUUGCAAGUUUAGCUGUGGCUCUCUCUUUUCCAUAUUUUGGUUCUGUGAUGGCACUAAUUGGUGCUAUGUUGUCAAUGAUAGUUGCACUUAUUUAUCCUUGUGCAUGUUAUCUCAAGCUACACAGUGGCAGAUUAUCAAAUAUGCAGAUAACAACUUGCAUUUUGGUUAUUAUUGUGGGGAUGAUAAGCGCUAUCAUAGGAACAUACUCAGCUACUACAAGAAUAGCUGGCAAGGGAGACUAA